AUGUUCCUGGUGAAGUGGAAUGACCUCUCUGAAAAGCUCGUUUACCGACGAUUUACUGAGAUAUAUGAGUUCCAUAAAGCUCUGAAGGAAAUGUUCCCCAUUGAAUCCGGGGACAUCAACAUGGAGAACCGGAUCAUCCCGCACUUGCCAGCCCCGAAGUGGUUUGAUAGGCAGCGCUCGACCCAGAACAGGCAGGGCACGCUGGCUGAGUACUGCUACACGCUGAUCAACCUGCCCCACAAGAUCUCCCGGUGCCUGCACGUGGUAAACUUCUUCAAGGUCCGUCCCGAUGACAUGAACCCCGUCACGGACAGCCAGAUCAAGAAGCCUGAGGUCUUCCUCCUGCCAAAGGAUGCCAAGAAAAACACCACCGACAUCACAGGCCCCAUCGUCCUGCAAACGUACCGAGCCAUCGCCGACUACGAGAAGAGCUCCACAUCUGAGAUGGCUGUAAAAGCUGGGGACAUGGUGGACGUUGUGGAGAAGAGUGAAAGCGAGACUGGCCCCAGCACCAUCCCACGUCCAGGCCACGUGGAUGCCAGCACCUACCCCGGCCAGGGACGGACCCGGUGCUGGUGCCCCCACACCACCCUCUGCUCUUGCCCACGGCUGCUUUCGUUGCAGGCUGGUGUUUGCCGGUUGAAGAAUAAUCGGGGCUGGGUGCCAGCUGCCUAUCUGGAGCCGAUGGAUGGUCCUGAUGAGCCUGAGGAGCUGGAGCCCAACUAUGCAGCAGCUGGAGAGGAUGAGCCGUGUCCUGCGGGUGGUGGCUCAGGACCUGCUGUCCCGAUUUUGUGUGCAGGUGAGCAGUACGUUGUCCUGAAAAGCUACACAGCUGUGGAGGAGGAUGAGCUGACCCUCAAGGAGGGUGAUACCAUCGAAGUCAUCCACAAGCUCCUGGAUGGCUGGUGGGUCAUCAGGAAGGGUGAAACCACAGGUUAUUACCCCUCCAUGUACCUGGAGAAAGCUGGGGAGGUGAACAUCUCUGUGAAGAGCGAGCUGAGAAAGCAGAGCGCUCCUCCACGAAGAUCCACCGUCCGAAACGCAAAGAGCAUCCACAAGCAGAGCCGGAAGCAGAUCACCCAGGAGACCUACAGGAGGAACAGCAAGAAGUACAUCCAGAGCCAGAGGAACAUGAAGGAAAAUUUCCAGAACAAGGCCAAUGUCAUCCUUGAGAAAGACGAGCAAGAGGAGAACAAGCCCAAGGCUCAACCUGCUGUUCCUCCCCGUCCCAGCAAAGACCUCAUCCCGAACCGCUGUACCGAGAGCACCCGGAGGAAGAUCCUGUGA